UCAACUUGCAUCACAAUUCCUCAUCCCAAGAAUGGAGUCGCCAUGAAGCUCGGUUUGUUCCUACAGUUGAGAUGCAAUCCUGGAUACUUCUUCAACCCAUCUCCCCCCGGAUUACCUGGUCUAUUCCAGAAUCCUUACUACAGAUGUAUGGGCAACAAGUGGGUGUCUCAAAAUGACCGAGUCUCUAUCUUAACAAAGCCUCCAGAUUGUAUGGCGUACGUCUCCUACGACGGCUCAUUCUGCCACGACGGGAGCAUUUUGUUGCAGACCAUUUGCUUGAACUGUCCUCCAGGAACCUACAGCGAAGGCACAACUAACAUAUGCAAAGAUUGUAACGCUGGCUUCUAUCAGGACGAAGAGGGGAAAACGGAAUGCCAGCCCUGUCCAAAGAACUCCUCCAGCGUCAUCACAGGAUCCAAAUCAAAGGCAGAUUGCAAACCUGUCUGUAGACCUGGUCACUACUCUACUAAUAAUGGCAUCGAGCCAUGCUUGGAAUGUCCAAUGGGAACAUAUCAGGAUAAUGACCAACAAACGUAUUGUCACGCAUGCCCAGCUGGUACCAAUACAGCGAGCACCGGAAGUACGUCACUGGAGGACUGCUUGUCCCCAGUUCGCAUCACGCAGAUUAUUCCAACUUCGGAGUAUACAACCUACGAGAAUGAAACCUUUUCGCUUGCUUGCUAUAUUGCGGGAGAUCCUACACCAACAGUCACGUGGACAAAAGUUGGAGGCUCACUUCCUUCCUCUGAGCGGCUCACUGUUAACAAUGUGUAUGACCUGGACUUAACGUUGACGGGUGUUGAAUUGACUAUUUCCGGUGCUGUUGUCGCUGACUCCGGUGAUUACGAGUGCAAGGCAACCAACAAACAUGGCUCGGUUACUAAGCAGGUCAAGAUCGAUGUCGAAGCUGGGACCACGCCUGGUGUGGUGUCUGGAUAGGUAUUCUGAAGUUCUGAACACUUCACUUUAAAGAGAUUACGUAAAGAUGGUAUCACAGAUUAGAAUAAUUAAAACAUUAAAUGUAUGUAAGACAUGGAAGCAUCAAUACUCAACUGUUGUCUUGUAACUGAAAGUGAGAUGUUGACAAAUGUUAAUUAAUAAAUAUGAUUUAAAAGUUA